CUAUAGUCACACCCACUCGAUGAGGAGCUGCUCUGGUGGUUUCGGUUAGAAUUUGGGAAACCGCUGCACGCCAAAGAGAGCAGGCACACCGAAUUCCCAAGAGCCAGAGCCAGAGCUAGGCUCAUUAAUUAGGAAUUUCCCUUCUGAAAAGAGAACAACGAUCCGUUUUAAAGUCCCCGUUUCUUUUCCAAAAUGGACGCACAUAAAGUUUUGCAGACCUUUUUUUUUUUCUUGACAUGUUUUGAUGCAGCAUAUCCUCUGUGAAAAUCUACAUUUUGGAAAUAACAGCGAAAAAUCGGGAAUAUAAGAGUGUUUGAAGUUUCCAGCAAUGCACCAGAUACAUCCACCAGUGUUUGGAGUGCAUAAUAAAAGCAGAAGUUCUCCUCAGGAACUGGGGCUGGACGGAGGGAAUAACUGUUUGGUUUUAUAACUUCUGUGCGCCCUCUCCUCCUCUUUUCUCUCUUCUGCCUCAGACUUUGGAGUCUGAAAGACAGUGGAUAAACGAUUUAUGCGGAUAAAGUAACUUACAAACGCUUGAAGUCGAAGGUUUUGAGACUUCGGAGAUACAGAAUAUCCCACCAGAACUUCUAGCGAUUGUAAAAGAAAGGAAUGCUGAGCAGAAGAGGCGCAUGGAGAGAUGCUGUUUCUUCUACCAUGGAUCUAAAGGGCACUUUAGCGGUUUUAGUGCUUUUGCUUCUAUGUUUGUGUCCAGUUUUCAGUCAAGAACUCAAUCCAAAGGGUAGGAACGUGUGCAAAGUUUCAGGGUCAUCAGGGGUUACGUGUUGCAGCGGAUGGGCGCAGCAAGGUGAAGAGUGUUUAACACCUCUCUGUGAAGGCAACUUCACUUGUAAUGAGAACGAGGUGUGUGUCCGUCCAAACGAAUGCCGCUGUCGCCAUGGAUAUUUUGGGGCAAGUUGUGAUACAAAGUGUCCCGCUCAGUUCUGGGGUCCGGACUGCAAGGGCAUGUGCACGUGCCACCCUAAUGGUAAAUGUGAUGACGUGACUGGGCAGUGCACGUGCUACCCCAACCGCUGGGGUGAAAACUGCGAGAAGCCCUGCAACUGUCAGAAAGGGAAAUGUGACCAGGAGACAGGGAAAUGCACCUGCCAUGCCGGUUACUGGGGACCUCAGUGCAACAACAACUGCUACUGCAGCAUCAACUCUGUGUGCGAUCAGAGCACGGGCCGGUGCAUCUGCAACCCUGGCUGGUACGGCCGUAAUUGCGGUGCUCAGUGUCUGUGUAAUAACUCGCCUUGUGAGCAGUUUACAGGCCGAUGUCAGUGUAGGGAGAGGCUCUGGGGUCAACGUUGCGAGCGGUACUGUCAGUGCGUGCAUGGGAAGUGUAACCCGGCAGAUGGAUCGUGUACCUGUAAACCCGGAUACAGAGGAAAGCUAUGCCGGGAGCCAUGUCCAGCUGGGCUCUACGGACAGAACUGCAAAAACAGAUGUGGCCACUGUAAAGGCCAGCAGCCCUGUAAGGUGACGGACGGUCGAUGUGUAACGUGUGAGAGCGGCUGGAACGGGACAAAAUGUGAUCAGAUGUGUAUGCAGGGAUACUUCGGAGAGAACUGUAAAGAUCAGUGUCCGCCGUGCAAAGACGGUCACUUCUGCAACCGCAUCGAUGGGAAGUGUUCUCACUGCAAUCCCGGCUGGAUUGGAGAUCGCUGUGAUGUGCGCUGUCCUAACGGCACCUAUGGAGAAAACUGUGAAAAAGACUGCAGCCAUUGUUUUAAUGGAGACUGCCAUUUUGCCACAGGAGAGUGUCUCUGUGACCCCGGCUUCUAUGGGACAUACUGCAACCUGACCUGUGAGUUCGGUCAGUACGGAGUGAACUGUGCCGAGACCUGUCCAUGUCACGACAAGAACUGCAACCCAGUGUCAGGGGCCUGCAAUCUAUAUCCUAAUCAGCGGAGGGGAGUAAUAGCUGCGGGAACGCUGGUAACAUUCCUGCUGGUGGUUCUUCUGUGUCUACUGUGCUGCUGCUUCCUCUGUAGCAACAAAGACAACCGCAACCCUGACCAGGAAAACUCCACCAACAGCAAGAAGGCCAAAAUAAUCCUCUGUGGUGGAUUCAGUCGAAUCAGCACCAAACUGCCCAGAAUCCCUCUGAGGAGACAGAAACUACCCAAAGUUGUUGUCACCCACCACGAUCCUGAAAACACCUUCAACAGUAUUAUCGAGCCGCCCUCCGUGGUGGACCAGCCUUCUCCAUCAUGGUCUUCCCAGGAGUCCUUCUCUUCCUUCGAGACGAGCGAAGAUGGGCCUGUUUACUGCAUACCCCACGAAGAGACUAUGAACGAGAGCUGUGAGAAGCAAAAUUCUAGUGCUGCUCAAGAAAUAUCAUCAACACCCAAUGAUGAGGACGCAGGAGAGUACACGUCCCUCAAAGACACAAGAGAAACAACAAAACAGUAUGUCAGCGAUGGGAGCGAGCAGCCUCUCCUGAAGUCUUCAGACAGUGAGGGCUCCACCAGUGGUUCUGAGUCAACCAUAGGAGCAGUUUACGCCCAUGUCGCCCGCCUUUCCAAACAAUCCAAAGAGGAGGAGGACACUGCCUCACCAGAGAAGACGAAAGAGAAGACGAAACCUCGUCCUCCAGAUCCUUCCACCAAACCGAAGGUGUCCUGGAUCCACGGAACAUCAGGAACCAACCCAACAGAGCAAAGCCAGACUCCAUCACCACAAAAAGACAAGAAGAACAACAACUCAGAAGGUUCUGGAAAGGCUGAUGAGAAGCAGCGGUCAAAGGAGAAGUCGAGCAAGAACAGAGAAAAGAAUCAGGAUAGUAAGAAGGCAGAUGGACCCGAAUCCCCAAGCAAAAGCAAAUCUCACAAAGCUUCGGAUACCAUAGAGCACCUCAACGGAACAUUCCAGAAUGCCCUGAAGAAGAUUGGAAACUUCCACUCGGACAAGAAAACAAUCGACACCAACAAAGAUCCACCCAAGAGCCCAAAGAUCAUGCAUCCGCACAUGAACUCUGAGGCCGCCACGCUACUCGCAGCUCAGCUGAAGGAGAAGACCCAAAGCCUUAAUCGGAAUGAGGGUUUCACGGUGGGCAUCAAACCCAAUGGUGUUUCAACACCUCAAGCCAACCGAGAGAAACCCACCCCUCCUCAAAAGACCAAGCGCUCUGCAACUGGGACCAACAAGCCCCUUCUUCCCACCUCCAGCAACCUCCAGAAGAUGGUGGCUCCUAUUUCAGACUCAUCUCCUGAACCUAAAAGCCCGGAAAAACAAGGGGUUAAUGGGACCAGAGUUGAAGGAGAUGCCACACCAAAGAAAACACCCAUCAAAAAACCACCGAGGAAGAAAGGAAAGGAGGGAACACUGGAGACGGAAGGCAAAACCACUCCAAAGACGGCCAUUAUGCCACCUCAGACUGUCAAAUAGAUCCUCUUUGAUGCGUCUGUUUUUUUGAGAACAUAAACGUACAGUUUUUCUUAACCUUUGUUAAACAUUUUAUUUAGGAAUUGGAUGGAUUUUUCUUGAAAUGGACGAGCUGCUUAUAGGUUUUAAUAUUUGGAAGGAUUGUGGUUCUCGUUAACUCUUUGAAGUCCCGGAAUCGGAAACAACAUCGUGGCUUGUGUACAGUAUUAAAAAGGAAGAGUAAAUGAAUUUAAUGUAAUAAGCUCAUUUUGUAUGCUCUCAGUUUUACAUUUGCAUUACUCAACGUCCAUUGUUUUGAAUUUGCCAAUGCUAUCGUGAUUGCAGGUUUUUGUGUCUGAAAUUUGUAUUUAGCACUGUAUUCCUUGGUGUAAAGAAUGAACCAAAGGUACUUUAAAGGUACAGGAAGAAUGAUGCCAUUAUUAAUUUUCACUCAGGCCUUAUAUGUAUAUUCAAUACCUUGUAAAUGAUGUCAUGAAGUAAAUUGUCUGCUUGGUUUCUAGGACAUGUCAUUUGGUUCACGUUCACCAGUAUUUUACCUAGCAUCGUGCUUUUUAAGCUGAAAACGAUAGUUCUUGCUAAUCCACAGUGAUAUUUAUCCUUGCUGCUGAAUCUAAACUCUAGUUUUUCCCUUGAAAAGAUGAUGUUUUCCUUUUUCCAUAAAGUACCCACAAUCGGUAAUGCAUUUUUUAUUUUUUUUUUUUCAGGCUAGGUAAAGACUCUUAAAAAAAAUUAACAUUUAAGGGCUUUUAGUCCAUGUAUGCUGGCAUUCAGACUUUCUAUCUACUAUUAUAGUCCUAAAAGUUACACAAAAUAAAUGCAAAUAUAUAACCUUUCUCCUCUGGGAUAUCAAUAUCAGUUUCGAACAUAUAUUGGUGAUAUUUGCAUUAAAAAAUAAGCACUUAAACUAUUGUUUUUCCAGUAACAGUAAUGCUUUUUAUGCCUUCUUGCAAAUAUCACAUGCUUAUCUGUACAUGACUGAAAGUUUAUGCAGCACAAUAAUACAUUAAAUAUAGUUAUUUGUCCUACCAAAGAAACAAUCAUAACGCCUGAAAGAUGCCAGUAUAAUACAACCUACAAGUCAGAUUAAAGGGUAUUACCUUAAGUAUUAAUUCUUGACUAUAAAGUUGCAGGAAGUUCAAUGCAUUGACAUGCGUUCAAUGCGUUUCCUGUGUUAAAAUGAGCACAAUAAUGGCUCAUGACUACAGCUUAUGUUUAUUUUUUAAGUUUGCUAUCAGAAACCCUAACCCCAUAGCACUUGCAAAUAUUUUUAAGACGACACCAGCAGAAUGCAAAAAAAAGAGUUCAUGAAUAACUGGACGGUUAUAUUUGAACAAAGAGCAUAGGGUUAAAUGUUCGAUCUGCAGCAUUUUUGAGUUUGUAAGCAGGUUCACAAAAGGCAGAUUUUCGAUUGUGGUGUACAGUAACUGCUAUUCCCGUAUAUGGUACCUUAUAUUUUUCUACAUGCUAAGAUAUUUUGUAAUAAUAUUUUUACCUUCAUUUGUAAGCUGUGCUUAUACAACUUAUAUCUUUGCUUUUUAUAUUUUUGUGUGUGUGUCAAAUGAACUGGUUUUCAAAUUUGAUUACAUUUUAUUUCUUUUUAUAUGUGCAAGCAUCAGGUACAUUUGAUUUUAAUGUUUAAAUAUCUUUCUGUUUACUCUCAAAAGAACUUUUUCACAUUUCUCUGUGGAUGUUAUUGUUUUUUAUGAACGAUAAACUGCAUGAUGCAGAGGUCAGUGAGAGAUCGGUGGGAGAUAUCUAUGCAUGUUACCCCAUGUUCAGUUUUUUUUUUUUUUUUUUUUUUUUUCUCUUCUCCGUACCGCCUUUCAUUACUUGGGACCUAUGACAAAAAACAACUUUUCAUGUUUUUGCACGAAAUUCCAGAACAUUUCCAACUGUAGUAUAUGACUUUAUGGGAGUAUGAAUAACAGAUUUUUGGUUUUCUACUCUGACCUUGGCAUGAGCCUUGACUGAAGCUCAGCCUUAAAACAAGGAGCAUUAUCAGUAACACGCAUUAUGUUCAUUCAUUUUGUCUUGAUUUUUACCUUUCUAUGUUGUUGUUGUGUGGUUGUUCAGUUACCGUAUUUGAAAUAAAAGCAAACCUGUAGCUCAUGAAUCAAAA